CAUUAGUCAACUUUAGGAUAUCCCUUGUUUGUUGUCUGUCUUCAAAGAUCCACGUGGCAGCAGUUGUGGUGGUCGUUCGUUGUUCGAUCUUGGGACUUGAAGCUCCGGUCGCUCCCUUGCUUCUUUAGCUGUAAAGCGCGGGGCUUUUAGCUGCCGUUUUUGCUCCAUAAUUUUACUCACAGGAAACCAAUUUGGAUUGGACUCUGGCCUGCAAUUGGCCAAUGGGUUCCCUUUCUGUGAUCCCAUUGAGUUGGGGAAGCUCUAUCUUCGUUGGUGGGAAGUUUGACGUGCACAAAGUUUUGCCUCCCAAAUUAUGUAGUGGAGUUGCAAUUAGCCCGAGAGCUUUUGCAAGUCAGAAUUCGGUGAAGAAAUCGAGAAGGGACGGGCAGGCACGAAAAAAGGUAGCAGAUAAGAGCAUUGCUUCCGAAGAUGAUUGUGUUAAAAAUGACGAGAAUGUGGAAUCUUGUGUUAAUUUAGCUGCAGAGGAACCGGUUGCAUUCCCUUCCAGAAGUGCUGUGCUUCAGGCUUGCACUGUUACAUCCGGGUUGAUAGCGGCUUUGGGUAUAAUUAUUCGACAGGUCUCUCAUGUUGCAUCAAUUGAAGGAUUGCCAGUCUUUGACUGCUCAUUGGAAGUACCAUUUGAUUUUGAGGUGUGGCAUCUUCAGUUGAUUUCAGGAUUGGUCAUUCUGAUAUCACUUAGCCGAUAUCUAUUAUUGAAGACAUGGCCGGAUUUCGCGGAGUCCAGCGAAGCAGCCAAUCAGCAGGUUCUUACAUCACUUCAACCUUUCGAUUACAUAAUCGUUGCAUUUUUGCCCGGGGUCAGUGAGGAACUUCUUUUUCGGGGUGCCUUGCUACCACUUUUUGGAUCUAAUUGGAGGAGCGCCUUGGUAGUCGCCAUCAUUUUUGGUGUUCUACACCUGGGCAGUGGCCGAAAGUAUUCCUUCGCUGUUUGGGCAACUUUUGUGGGUCUUGUGUAUGGUUAUGCAACCGUCGUCUCCUCUAGCCUUAUCGUGCCAAUGGCUUCUCAUGCAGUCAACAAUUUGGUUGGAGGGAUGUUAUGGCGUUACCGAUCAGAUUCAUCACGGAAGAUAUGAGAAGACUGCCACUGUCACCCUUACUAGAAAAUGUACAUAAUUUGUCUUGUAACUUGGGGAGUGUAUAGCUAGUGAGGCACUAUUACUAAAACGUAUUACUUCUGUUUAUCUGUGAGGAAGAAAGUUGAAACAAAACUAAUGCACGCACGUUUGCAUAACCAUGCGAAUAUUGUGCAAGUUUUGAUUCACUUUGUCGGUGUUUAGUACCAUGUAUGUACUCUAGUCAAUCCCAUUAUUUUUAACG